UUUUUGGACAGUUAAGGGAUGAGAUGGAAGGAAUUUUUUUCGUCGAUCACUCGGUGACAGUUUCGAUCUGGAGGCCGGCUUUUGACUUGUGGAGAUAUGUUAAUGAUUUGAUGGAACCGAUAAAAAAAGCUUCAGUCUGCUGCAUCCUGCAGCCUGCAACAGCAUGUGUGAUGUGAUCAUGUCAUGAUUUCUCCGCCCUCUCUAAUUAGUGGGAAAUUAAUUUCCCAACAAAAAUUAGUGGGAAAUUAGUAAAUAGUUUGCAAGCUCGCUCACAGCAAAUGGCACAACCACUGCAAUACGAAUGGGCGAUGUUACCGCAGACAUUGGACAAAUGCAACUCUGUCCGCUCCGCUGAUAAAAUGUUGAAAUAUCAUUGGACAAAUUCCAGGUAUCACUGUCCGUUCUUAGAAUUUGGAGCUGACGGACGACAAGGUCAUCGGGAGCAUUCUUUAAUCAUCCUUUCUUUGGUUCCUGCGUCCUGCCGGCCAUGGGACUAUUUCUUCUGCCUCCUUGCUUCUACAUUUCUUGCGCAGAAGUGCUUCAAGGGUUUGGAUGGAGGUGGGAAGAACAAGAUUCAGGACCAACAGGAAUAGGAGGGAGGCUCUUCCCCUUGCCAUGGUCCUCUCUUUCAACGAUAAGGGUGUUCAUCCCGACUGCCCUAACGUAUCCAAUCCUUACCAUAAGUGCGGCCGACACUGCCUUGACAAUAUUCCCUCUGGCAAAGAUUUCUUAAAUGCAAUAAGAAAAGAUGGGGAUCGGGAGCUCGAGAAGAUAUCACAGAAAAAGCGGGUGAAUCCGAAGUGCCCUCACGCUUCCAAUCGCUACCACAAAUGCGCUGAAUACUGCUUGGACAAAGUGUCAGAGAAGCGUCCGGAUGCCGGAGAACAACAACCAGGCAUGAAUCCAAAGGAAGAAAAGAAAGAAGUUUUCACUACAGAGAGAGGAAUGAAACCUGCGUGCAUACAUGCAUCAAACCCUUACCAUGCAUGUGCUGAAUGCUGCUUCCAAACUGUCCCCGAGAAGGACCAGCCAGGGCAAUCCAUGAGACUUCAAGGCCCCAAGGAAGGAGAGAAGGUACUCAGCACUAAAAAGAAAGCAGGUAUUCACCCUCAGUGCAAACAUGCAUCAAACCCUAAUCAUGAAUGUACUCAGUCUUGUUUCCAAAGUGUGACUGACAGAAAUGUAGCAGAAGGAGAGAAGGCUAAUACGACAAAUAGAAGUAGAGUGCGUCUGAACCGUAGCGCAUCCAGUCAUGAUAAAAUUAAUGGAGAUUGCUUUGAGGAUACUCCUAGAAAGAAAAAUCUGAGGGGAGUUGUUGUAGACAUGAAGCCAAAGAAAGAAAAUGAAUUAGAUGUCACCAUACAGCAAGGAUUCACCUUUGAAUGCAAAAAUGCAUCAAAUCCAUAUCAUGUAUGUGCUGAAUACUGCUUUCAAAGCGUCCCCAAGAGGGAACAGCAUGGAAAAGUCAGCAGGGUAAAAAGUUUGAAGGAAGGAGUGAAGGUGAUGAGCAAUAUAGAGAACACUGACGCAAAGCCAAAAGAAAAUGAAAUAAUUGUCGCUGUGGAACAAAGAGUGAAUCUUGAGUACAAAAAUGCAUCAAACCCGUCCUAUGUAUGUCUCGAAUAUUGUUCUGAGAGUGUCCCCGAGAGGGACAGGUAUGAGCAAGGUAAGUCUUAUUCUCGGUGCAAAUAUGCAUCAAGACCUCACCAUGAAUGUACUGAAUUCUGCUUCAGGAAUACCCCAGAAAGGAGCUUAGCUGAGGGAGAAAAUUCCCAAGGAGUUUUUAUGGAAACUGAUAAAUACGUGCAUAGUAGUCGUAAACAUGCAUCCAGCCCUUACAAUAAAGUUACUGAGUAUUACUGUAAGGAUACCUCUGAAAAGGAACAUCCUGAGGGAGUCAUAAAACCAAAAGAAGAAAGUGAAGUAGUUGUUAUUGCAGAGCAGGGAGUGAAUCCUGAGUGCAAAAGUGCAUUAAAUACUGAUCAUGUACGUGCUGAAUACUGUUUUCAAAGUGCCCCCGAGAAGGAGCAGCAUGGACAGGAGAAGCCAAAAGGAGUUUCAUUUAAAAUUGAUAAAAGCCGUGCACUUCCUAAUCACGAACAUGCAUCGAAUCCUUACCAUGAAGUCAUUGAAUACUGCUUUGAUGAUAACCCUGAAAAGGAACAUCCUAGUGGAGCCGUGAAGCCAAAAGAAGAAAGGCUAGUUGUCACAGCUGAGCCAGGAGUGAAUCUUGUGUGCAAAUAUGCGUCAAACCCCUAUCAUGAAUGUACUGAAUACUGUAUCCAAAAUCUUCAUAUUAAGGAUCAGAGUGGGAAAGCUCUCAUGAAGCCCAAGGAAAAUAAAGUAGCUGAUCCCUUGGAAAUAUUGAAUCCUCAGUGCAAGCAUACAUCAAAUCCGUAUCAUGUUUGUGCUGAAUACUGCUCUCAAAGUGUCUCUAACGGACACCAGCCAAGGAAAGCUAUGAUGAAAUCAAAAGAAGAAAAGGAAGUAGUUGCCUCCCCUCAGGUACUGAGUUUUGACUGCAAAUAUGCAUCAAAUCCAUACCAUGAAUGCGGUGAAUAUUGCUUAGAAAAUGCCCCGGAGAAAGAUCCACCAAGGCAAACUAUCAAGAAGUUGAAGGAAGAAGAACUAGUAGUUCUCCCCUCAGAGAAAAGAGUGAGUCCUGAGUGCAAAUUUGCGUCAAACCCAUACCAUGUAUGUGCGGAAUACUGCUUCCAAAAGGCCGUUGAGACGGAACAGCAUGUGCAAGUCAUGAAGCUAAAAAGUCUAAAGGAAUUAAAAAAUUUAGUCAGCAACAAAAAGAUAACUAGUGGGCACACUCAAUGCGAAUAUGCGUCAAACCCGUACCAUAAAUGUGCUGAAUAUUGCUUCAACAAAAAUAUACUCGUCAGUCAAAUACCAGAUGGAGUCGUGAAAAUAAAUGAGAGGAAGAAAGAAAAAGGUUAUGCACGGAGAAGAUUUGAUAAUCCCAAGUACAAAGAUGCUUCAAAUUCUUUGCAUAAAUGCGCUGACUACUGCCCUGAAGAAAUCUCACCAAGGAAGGAAGCUGUAGAAGGCAGCACAGCUACGGUUAAGAAGAAAAAUAGAAAUUCGUCAAAGGAACAUCAAAGAAAUCAUCCUAGUGCUGAGAAGAUUAGCCUGAACUCCAAAUAUAUGGAUGGAACUAAAGAUAUGCAGAUGCAGUCAGUAGAAAAAGUGGUAGACAUGAAUCCAAAAGAGCUCUCGGAUAUGCCACCUGUGCACAUAGAUGCAUCUGACCUAUUCCAUGAAUGGUCUAAAUAUUGCUCCCAGACGAAGGUUGCUGAAGAUGAAAUAGUUAAGCAAGAAAAGAAAGAGGGAAUGGGAGAAUUCGCUACAAGAAAUGGCAAAGGCAAUGGUUUUCCGAACGCAACUAUGGAAAAGAGAAGAACGAGGAAGUUGAAAGGAUGAAGCACGAGAGGCGCCUGGAUCCCAAAUGCAAAAUGCUAAUCUGAUGCAUAUCACAAACGUUCUUAAUACUGCUUCCCGGCAGUGGGUGAAGAAAUGCAUUAGAUUAUUCCAAGCACAAAUGAUUACCUCUUUCUUUUGUAUAGAAUUUUCUCAUUUUAAUGUAAUUUGAAUAAGUCGGAUUGUUAUAUCAUGUAAUUGUAUUUGUAGUUCAGAGCCUAAAUAAUCAAAAUGCACAGGAUCAGUUGAUUAUUUUCUCUAGCUGCAUUUCUAUAUAAAUAUGAUUUAGAUCCUCCUCUAAUUUAUCA